AACCAACCAUUAUCCACAUUUAGACGUCCGGAUAUUAUGUACGGCGAUUACAAUGUUUUAUAUGCGAAAUGUGCACUUGCGCGUGUGUAUAUGCAAGAACUGACAAGUUGGAGAAAACGCAUCUGUCAGCGUUGGAGGGGUUCCCGAAACGUCACAUCCAAGGACGCUGGAAGGAGCUGGUUUAGAUGUGUGCGCUACAGAGACGGAGCAAUCCGCAGUGCCUUCACUGAUCUCCAAACCACAGAUCAUCACUACUGAUUAAAAUCUGAAGGGAUACUGCAGGAUUUAAAAUAUCUCAGCCAUGAAGCGCGGACUCCUACUUAUCCAUUUGUUAGUGGUUUUCCCUCUCAUCACUGGCUCACCUUUUCAGUACAGCAUGUUUCAGGGAAACGCAUAUUCUGGCGCCGAAACGAGACAAAGAAACAAAAACUGGUGCGCCUACGUUGUGCACAAGAACGUGAGCUGCGCUGUGGUGGGAGGCACUGAGAGCUUCGUACAGCCGGAGGUUUUACCGUGUCCACCGGAGCUGCCAAACUGUGCGCAACAAGUGAUAUAUCAAACACACUUUAGACCGACGUACAAGAUUGCCUACAAGACUGUCACAGAGCUGGCAUGGAGGUGCUGCCCGAGGUACCAGGGCCAUGACUGCAUGGAGUUGAAGGACACCAAGCCAGUCCAAACAGAGCGUUUGCCUCAGGCUCCAGCUGCCUCUGGACAUUUUCCAGCCCCAUAUGAUGACCAGAGUAACCAUCCGCGGGGAGGGCAGGGGCAAUUUGGAGGUCAAACAGGUCACAGAACACAACAUGGUCAAAACGAACCUCAAAGCUCCCAACACCUGGAGGAGGAAGUGCAGCGACUAUCGCAGAUGGUUCUGGACAUGCAAGCAAGAAUGACAGACCUGUCCUCGAACCUGAGAGUGGAUUUCCAGGAGGAUGCCAGUAAAAUGCUGGCUACACUGCUGAAUAACCUCAGACAGCCUGCCAGUGCACAGGGUGCAGGGACCGAAACCAUUCAGCUACAAGGCUUCUCUUUUGACCACAGCACAACACCAAUGGAGGAUGUCAUGAACAAGAUUAACCGGGUCACAGAUGAUCUUGAGUCCAAGCGCAAUACCUUGGAUGAGCUGCUGGGUCGCGUCAACCAUCAUGAUGGACAAAUUCGUCUAUUAAUGGAUGCCCAGACCCCUCUGUCCACAGCUUCUUCUGCUCCUUCUAUAGAUGAUGGAGACCUGCGGGCCUACCUGGACGAUAAAAUCAGUGCCCUGAGAGACGAGUUGAUGGAGGGAAUGGAUAUUAAAAUGGCAGAUUUGAAGAACUCUUGUGAUUAUAAAAUUCUGUCAGUUCAGGAACAUUGUGAAGGACAGGAAGCCAACUACCUCAGUCUGGCUGAGCUCAUGGAUUCAAAGGAAACUGACCUCCGCAAUGAGAUCCAAGACCUUAAAACCAAGCUGUCUGUUCCAGAGAAUGAAAAGAAUCAAGUACCUGACUCUGUUCUGGCUCAGCUGGAACACUUUGAAGUUCGUUUGAACACCACAGAGAAGUCUUUAAUUGCACUGAGCCACUUUGUAGAGGAGAAGUUGAGAAAAGAAAGAGAAGAAGUUGUCAAAGACCUGAGGGAAACUAUGGACAAUGAACUGUCCUCCAUGGAGGACAGACUCUCAGCUCUGUUGAUUAAAACAACCUCCAACUCCCCAUCUGGUGGUGAGCCAGAGAGUCCUGAUGUUCAGCAGAGAGACAUGAACACUCUAAAGGACUCCGUUCAGAUUCUGGAGAAUAGACUCGAUCUUUUGAACCAAAAGUGCUCAAAAGAGUGCACAGAUCAUGUAACUGUUGUUGAAAACCUCAAGCAAGACUUCCACAGUUUCAAAAACUCUGUAGAUGCUAUGGAGACUAAUCUGAUAGUCCAGAAAAGUGCCAUCACAGCUAUGGAAGGGCAACUCCUCAACUACAGCAAUAUCAUUGAGAAUGUAAAGGGUGAAUUAAGCUACGUUAAAGGCGGUGUGGGCCAACUAGAGAACCAGCAGUCUCAGACUCUCAGACGCUUUAACUCUACGUGGGAUAAGGUUAAAAUGGAAACUGAACAGGAGGCCAGGGAUCUUUUGGAGCUCCACAGAGCCCAGCAACAGAAACUAAGAGAGCGACUAGAUGAGCUGGGCAGGGAGGUGGAAGCCGAGGCUGAUCAAUGCAGGGAAAAAGCUCAAGAUGUAGAGAAGGAGAUUGCCGACAUGGGCAGUCGUAUUGUAAAUGUAGAGAAUUUAUGCAGCAAGCUGGAUCCUAUCUCCAGUAAUCUCCAGAGCAUCAAAGAGGGGCUGAACAUGCACGUCACUGGUUUGUGGAAUUGCGUGAAUCAGCUGAACGGCACAGUAAGAGCUCAUGCACAAGACAUUGGAGGACUGAGGGGAAUCUAUGAGACUCUCCAAAAACACACUACAAAUAUGGAGAGAGACCUCCAGCCUGGUAAUGAAGGUGCUCCGGUUAGAGUGUUUGACACAAGACAGCCCCAGGGGUCAAGUAAGGGGCCCAAGGUAUUCGCUGGCCCCAUGAAUACCUCACUCUCGGAGCUGCCUGUGAUGGAAACCGGAGAGGCGGGACCCCCCGGAGAGAUGACUUCAUCCAAGUUACCCAAAGGAACAGAUGGGAUCAUGAUGCCUGUUCAGGGUUUUGCUGGAGCUCCAGCAUCACCACAAAACCCCACCAACAUCAUUCAGACCAGAAUUCAUGUGAGCUCAGAUGUGAGCAUGCCUCUCAGACCCCCUCCUCUGAAACGUGUCAUGGUUUCAGGGGAGAAAGUGUCGUUCUCAGCUGGUCUGACUCUUCCACCGUUUCAAGGAGUUGUCGGUAUAAUCCGAUUCAACGAGGUGCUGGUCAAUGAUGGUGGACAUUACGACCCUCAGACAGGCAUCUUCACAGCUCCGAUGGAUGGCCGUUAUCUGGUGACCGCUGUGCUGACACCCGAGCAAGGACAGAAGGUUGACGCAGUCCUAUUUGUGUCUAGUCGCAGCAUCCAGAGGCUGAACUCUGCUGGUUUCAUGUCUGGCGUCACAGCUCCACAUUCACACGAAGUCUGUAACUGCACCAGUUCAACCUCAGCGAGCCUGAUUCUCUCACUGAGGCGAGGGGACCAAGUAAGACUCGUCUUAAAAGCUGGAAAGCUCGCCGUCUCAGCCUCUUCCGAGCUUGUGUCAUCUUUCAGCGCUGCGCUUCUCUACCCCAGCACAUCAAAGCGGUAGUUCCUCUACUUUCAGAGACAACCGACGCCUUAGAGUGAAGUACGGUGCACAUUACUGAUGACAUACUAGAGCUCAUUGUGAUGUUAUAGCUAUAAUAUAAUUUGAUCUCCAAAUAACUGAGAUGAUUUCACUUCAUGAGUAUUAAUAUAUAGUUUACACUGCAGUGUUUUUAUUGUAAAAUUUUAACAUCGUUCUCAAAUAUUUGCUUGAGCAUGCAAGUGUGUAGCAAUGGAAGUUUCCUCACAUUCACAGAGUAAUCAAGUAAACAACUUAGAUACUUUUUUCUACUCUUAGCAUCCCCCACGACUUUGAGGUAACACAGAGACACACAUGCUAAAUGUAUAAAAUAAGUCUCGAUCAUCCUUUAAAUAAAGUCUUUUAUUAAUGCAUCAUCCAACAUGUUUUAACUGUUUCAGUCCUAUACAUACUUUAAAUAUACUACUAUGCAUUCGUUUAUGUACAGUAAAUCUGCAUUUUGACACCUUAAAAAAAAUUACAUUUCUGCUUUUAGAGCAUGUAUUUAUCAGAAAUCUGGUCAUUCUUUGUGCUCGCACUGUUACAUCAACACAAAUCCACACAAAGUAAUCACAGGGAUCUACAGAAAAAAAACUCAAAGCAGCAGAAACUUUCCUUACUCUAAAGGGAAAAUUACCUUAAUAAAACUUUAAAAAAAAAAAAUACUGUGUUCUCUUCACACAAAGUUUAUUACUUUCAUAGAAAGAGUGCAAUAAAUUUUACUGACAGUAACGUCUGCCAAAACAUCAGUAAAACAUGAAGUGAAAAUAACAAAAUGAUUUUCUAGUAGCAGCAUUUUUUUUUUAAAUUGCAGUAAUAGUUAAACCCAAGCAAAUCAUUUCACAAUUUUCGUCUUAGCAUAUUAAUGUAAAAUCCUUCAGCUUUUUAAAACUACACAUUAAAUAAGAUUGUUAUAAACAAAAUAAGGCGAUAAAAGGA